AUGUCUGCCGCCGAAACCAAGCCCGAGGUUGAGGGUGCCAGCGAGGCUCCCUCCGUCACCUCCUCUGCCGUGUUCUCCAUGUUUGGUGGUGGCGCGAAGAAGGAGAAGAAGGACGAUGAGGAGAGGGGUGACGUCUCUGGAAGCGCCAAGGCCCAGCGCGAUGCUGCCGCGGCCAAGGCUGAGGAUGAGGAUCAAGCGCCCGAGUCCGAGGAUGUCCACUUCGACCCCGUUAUCAAGCUUACCGAAAAGGUCGAGACCAAGACCAACGAGGAGUCUGAGGAGCAGGUCUUCAAGAUGCGCGCCAAGCUUUUCAAGUUUGUCAAGGACACCUCUGAGUGGAAGGAGCGCGGUACCGGCGAUGUCCGUCUUCUCAAGCACAAGGAGAACGGCAAGACGCGCUUGGUGAUGCGUCGUGACAAGACCCUCAAGGUCUGCGCCAACCACUACAUCGUCCCCGAGAUGAAGCUCUCUCCCAACGUCGGUUCUGACCGAUCUUGGGUCUGGAACGCCGCCGCCGACGUUUCCGAGGGCGAGGCCGAGCCCAUCACCCUUGCCAUCCGAUUCGCCAACUCCGAGAAUGCCAACCUCUUCAAGGAUGCCUUCAUCAAGGCGCAGAAGGAAAAUGAGGAACUCUUCAAGAGGGCUGCGGACGAGGGCGACAAGGCCGAGGAGGCCGAGAAGCCUGCCGAGGAGGAUAAGGCUGCUGAGAAGGCCUCGUAG